AUGUUAAUUGUGUACCAGCGCUCUGGGUUUGAUCUGAUCACCCAGUUCCAGUUGGACGUUAUUCCUCUGAAGGGCGUGAGGAAAGUGGAGGGCUCCACUCCUCUCCAGGUGGCCUACCGCCUCGAUAAAGAGGCCAACUUCCAGAUUCCUACCAGGCUCAACUUCCCCCGGGGUUUCCCUGACGAGUACUCCGUCAUGGUCACGUUCCGUAUGAUCAAGAACACGGUGAACAAGGUGUGGAACGUGUGGCAGGUAGUGGAUGAGGACGGCCGGAAGCAGGCGGGGCUCAGGCUAAAUGGAGACCAGCAAGCGCUGGAGUACUUCCUGAUGGGCCAGGAUGGCAACCUGCAGACCGUCACCUUCCCAGGGCUCUCUGUGUUGUUCAACACCAAGUGGCACAAGAUGAUGAUUGGAGUGGAGAGAGACCAGGUCACCCUGUAUGUGGACUGUCAGCCCGUGGACAAGAAGCCUAUCAAGGGCAAAGGCCCCGUCAACACCGAGGGAGAUACACUUAUUGGGAGGCUGGACGUUGAUGCUGAUGCUUCUGUUGUGUUUGAACUCCAGUGGAUGCUGAUCCAUUGCGACCCAAAGAGAGCCAAUAGAGAGAACUGCCAGGAGCUGCCUGCCAUAGAGCCUGACCCCAAGCCUGUCCCUGUCCCUGGCCCUCCCGGUUCCACUGGCCCUGAGGGGCCCCGGGGGCCACACGGAGAGGAUGGCAGAGACGGGAGAGAUGGGGCCAAAGGUGACCAGGGGGAGAUCGGUUUGCCUGGACAGAGAGGCCUGCCUGGCUUACCAGGAGCUUCUGGCCCACCUGGGAAAGCAGGAACUCCAGGAGACGAGGGGAACAUUGGGCCUGAGGGUCCCCCUGGGCCUAGAGGGGGUCUGGGUCUCCCUGGUCCCACUGGUCUACCAGGACCACCUGGACCUGUGUGCCCUGCUGCCUGUCCAGCUGGACCACAGGGAAACCCAGGGUUGUCAGGGAUGAAGGGACACAAGGGAUUACCAGGUGAUAAUGGAGCUGCAGGGGAAGCUGGACAAAAGGGUGAGCCAGGACCAUCUGGGGUGCAGGGCCUAACAGGCAAGAUGGGAGAUGAUGGUCCCCCUGGUUUCAACGGCAUCCCAGGACCCACCGGACCACCGGGUUCUCCUGGUAUGGAGGGCAUUCGUGGACGUCAGGGUCUGGAGGGAGAAAAAGGCGAUGAUGGAGCCAUCGGUCCUCAGGGAGAUCAGGGUCCUGUUGGUGCAAAGGGAGACACUGGUACUCCUGGGGCAGAUGGCAUGGAUGGACUCCCUGGAGUGGAUGGAGCUAAGGGUGACACAGGAGCUGACGGACCAGUAGGACCAAUCGGAGUUCCUGGGAAAACAGGCGAGACAGGAAAGCAGGGACCAGUGGGGGUCACAGGUGAUACAGGCAUGCAGGGUGACAAAGGGGACAAAGGUGACACUGGUGAAAAGGGACUGAAGGGUCACACUGGAUACAAGGGAGACCAAGGCCCUAUUGGUCCCAAUGGCCCAAAGGGAAGUGAAGGUGAUCCAGGUCUUACAGGCAAUUCUGGAGUCAAGGGAGACCAGGUUGGAGAGAAGGGCAUGAGGGGAUAUACCGGGGAAAAUGGUAGACCAGGGCAGCCGGGUCAUGAGGAACACUUAGCAGAGUUUAAGAAAGAGGUCCUAAAGAAACCAGCAGCGAUCGGGGCCCCUGGCAUGGCAGGACUGCGGGGCCCCGCAGGUCCACCGGGCCCAGCAGGGACUGCAGGAGAGGCCGGUCCCAGAGGACUGAUGGGAAUGAAGGGACCACCUGGAUACUUUGGGUUACCAGGCACACCUGGAAAACAAGGUGACGCUGGUGUAAAGGGAGAUACAGGACAUAAGGGAGAAAACGGAGUGGGAAUCCCAGGAAGUCCAGGCGAGCGAGGCCCACAAGGUGUGGCUGGCGUCCCUGGCAUCGGGAAGGACGGUAAAGAUGGAGCUCCCGGUAAAGACGGUGUUAAUGGUAGCCCAGGUGCCUCUGGUUCGAGGGGAGCUACAGGAGCCCCGGGCUAUUGUGACCCCUCAAACUGUAUAGGCAGGCCCCCACCUCUCUACAUGAUGAGUGGGGGGAAGAAAUCCUUCAGCUACAGCAAGGGGCCGUGA